CUCAAAAUCUUCCAAGUUUACGAUGCGUUCUUUCUCACACUUCUGAAACUUACUGCCUUUAGUCAAAUGGAAAACCAAUUUUCUUUGUGGGACGUGGUUUGGGCGAGAGCAAGGAAGCCUAAAAGCGAGAUUUUCUGGCCAGCGCAGGUUAUUGAAGGGAUCAGUACACCUACUCGUAGCAGGUCAUCUAAGAAAAUUAUUGCAUCUGUUAGAUUCCUAGGAGAAAAUACUGAAGAAGAUGUCAAAAAUCCUAAAGACAUAAAGAGGUGGGACUGUGAGGAGCAACCUGCUUUUAUUCAGAAAGGAAGAAGUUCACUUAAGGAUUCCAAUGCAAAAAUAGCCUUCAACAAAGGAAUUAAAGAAGCCAGGAAACUAGUAAAAGAAGAGAAUAAUAAUGCUGAUAAGGAAGAAAAAACAAGUGCCAUUUCAACACCGGUAAAAUUUGUAGAUGAUAAAGCAAUACCUUUGUCAGCAAUAAGUCCCCAAAAAAGAUGUAGAAAGCGUCCAGCAGAACAAGAAGCAACAGGGUUUAAUGACAAUAUAAAUCAGGAUMAAGCUUGCAGAAAUAUUGAUUUUGAAGGCACUUGUUGCAGUACUAGGAAAAGUCCAAGGAAACUGUCUGCUUCUUAUACAACAAAAAAAGUUUGUAAUGGCACAACAAGCAAUAAAAACAUUUCCAAUGGUUCAGAAGGCAAUUUAUCACAGAGAAAAAGUCCAAAAAACCCACCUGAGAAAGUUAUUGCAAAAAAGUCUAAAUCUUUUAAAGAGAAGAGUAAUCGAGGGAAAAGAAAAAGAGAGAAAUCACCAAAGAAGGACAGUUUAAGCAUACUUUGUGAAGAUUUGCAACAAGGUUGUUUAGACUCAAAUACUGACACAAAAUUAGUCUUAGAUAACAGUGUAAAACAAAAAGCAACAAAACAACUUUUUCCAGAGAUGGACACUGAAACUACRUCUUAUAACUGUGAUGAAAUUCAUAUUGAAAAUGGACAUGGUAUAAAUUUAUCAAAUGGUGAGGAGACUGCCAAGAAAACUGAAGAUUCUGACUCUGAUGAAAGUUCAGAUAGAGAACUAAUGGAAACUGUUCUUGAUUCUUCGCCAAGCAGCAAAAAUUUGAAGUUUGCAUUGAAUGAUGUUGUUUGGGCAAAGCUUAAUCGAGAUCCWUACUGGCCUGCCGUGGUGAAAAGAAUUCAAAAAAAGCCCAAGAAGAUUUAUGUUAAGUUUCUUGGAUGUAAUGACAAACGAAGUUUUUCCUGCAACAAACUACAGCCUUUUGCUUGUGAUGCUGAUAAACGUCAAGAAUUUAUUAGUGAGUGUUCCAAACAUGAUCCAUCUUAUUUUCAAAAUGCUUUUACUGAGGCUGAAGAUCUUGUAAGAAAGAAAGCUCUUGGAAUAAGCAUUGAACCAGAUGAUGAUGAAGAAUUUGAAAUGGUCGACACAGAAGAACCAAAAGCUCAGGAACAAGAGGAAAAAGUAUCAACUUCUUAUGAAUUAACUGAAAUCCCAGAGGAAGAAAGUAAAGAUGUGAGAAGAUCAAAAAGAUCAAAAAAACAAGUUUCCAAGUAUAAUCGAGACAUGUUAUCUUACAUCAGAGAAGCAAAGCCAAUACUCAGAGAAAUAUUAGAAGAGAAACGGCCUUGUGAAAGACACAAAAUAUUUACCACAGGAAGAUCAAAAGAAAGGUCAUCUUUAAAACGCAAGUCUGGCUUUGGUCCAAUAUCUGACUCAGAUUUGGAACAUGAAAUUGGGGAGAUAUUGACAGAAUUUUACAAUGAAGUUUCAAGCAAGAAAAAUGAUUUUUCACAAACUUCUUAUGUAAUGGAUGUUUGGUUGCCAGAAGCAAUUAUAUUCGCGAUACAGAAAAUUGAUUGUGUUGAUCGCAAGAAAGCAGAAUUGAUAUUCAACAAGGGAACAAGUGAAUAUUGUGAUUUYGCCCAUGAGGAAUUAAUCCAUCAAUUUAAAGAGAAACCACUUUCAGACGAAGACAGGCAGGCUGUUAUUGAAAGAGCUGAAAGGCAUAUGCAAACUAGAAACUAAAUUGGAUUUUCUCAAUUCUUCCAAAAAGUGUUAUUGCAAAAUCAUUUAUGUUGUGGUACUAUGGAUGAAUGCAGAAUAUUACAAGUUUAAUUUGGUACUGAAUACCAAAGUGUGUUAGAUGAUACAAAUGAUAGUUCGAGCUGUG